GGCAACCAUGCGCAUGGCUUUGGAAGCAACGGAGUGGGCGGCGGUGGCGCUGUCCCUGCUUCAAAGCGCUUCAAGACUGCGGCAGCUGCAGGUGCAGCUGGCAGGACGAGGUCUUCUUCAAUGGAUGGCGGGGACUGGGGACCGCCGGGGGAAGGCCCAUACGCCCUGGACCGACGCGAGCGCGAGCGGGAGCGAGAUCAGGAUGAUAACCACCCGGGCGUUAUUCCGUGGCGCCGCCGUUCUUCGCCUUCGCCUCCGAUGCCGCCCUCGCUGACGUCCGCAGGGAGAAAGGGCUGCGACAGCGGCGCUGGCGGCGGUGGCAGCAGCGGUGGCGGUGGUUGUGGCGUGACGUCAGCGCCUAUAAUCGGCCUCCCUCCGCUAACGUCCGUACCGCAGUCAGCGUUGCUCCCAUUGCCGUACUCCGCUACCGCCGCCGCUGCCGUACGACAACUCAAGGCCCUCUCCCAGGCAGCCGCCAUCGCGACUGCUGCCGCCACCGAGGCCGUAAGCGGCGGUGAGGCAUCUGCGGCGGGUGAAACCGCAAUGGAUGCUGAUGGCGCGUGUGGAGACGAGGCGCAGGCGGGAACCUACCGUGCGCGAGUCUCCGUCGCGGCUACGACAGACAGCCCAGCAGCCUUGCGGUCUUCUCGGAAACGCGGCGCGUCUGCCAUCCUUGCUGCUGCUGCAGAAGCUUCUGGCGGCGUGAACGAGCCCCAGGCAUCCAAGCGCUCCCGGGGGCUGGGCAGCCUGGAGCGCGGCUCGAGCUUGCUCCUGCAGUGGAAGGACGCCAUUGAAGCAGGUGUUGCACCGGCAUCGCAGCAUGGCAGCCAACAACAACAGCACCCCAUGCUGAAGCAGCAACGGCAGCGGUGGGAGAGCCCGCAGGCAUCCGAGGCGGCAGCGGUUCCGGCCUUGGCGCCGGCGGCGGCUGCUCUUCUGGCGGCGGCGAAUGUGGAAUCGCACAGCCGCAGCCGUCGAGCCGCGCCACGUGGGCAGCCGCCGAGGCGUGGGCUGCCCCAUUCAGAGGCGCAGCCGUCGGCAUCGGAGGAAUCCGACGGCGGGAACGGGGAGGAUGAGGAGGAGGAUCCCACUGCGAGCGGUGAGGCAGCGGAGGCGGCGGCUGGCGAUGAUGAGGACAGUGGAGGCGUGGCAGCGGCGCUGGACCGUGUUGCGUCGUCAUCGUUGCAAGCGGGAACGCCGCAGCCGCGUGCGAAGCCCCGGCAGCGCGCUAACGCGGGGAAGUUCAAGAGCAAACCCAUUCGCCACCCCAGCAAGAUCACCAACGUGGUUCGCAAUGCGGGCGCCAUCCUGCUCAUGAUCGGCCGCAACCCCAAGGUCUACGAGAAGCAGCUACGUCACACCUUUGGCAACAACCCUGACACGAGCAAAGCUCUCAGGCUGCUGGGCGAGCAGGGCAAGGUGGUUCGCAGCGGCAUGGGCUACCGCAUGCACCCCUACUACUACACCCUCACACCCUGCGGCGUCGAGGAGUACGAACGGCAGCUGCGGGAGCAGGGCCCAUCGUACGCCUUUGCGCUCUCCAUGGGCGUGCAGCUGCCGGCCAGCGACGAGCCAACUGAUGCGCCUGCAGCAGCUGCUGCCGCUGUUGCUGUCGGAGCUGUUGCGGCAGCGGUGCCGAAGCUAGAGCCGGCCGAGGACGGGCGGCAGCAGGGCGGAGUCGAGACGCUGGCGGGAGGGGUUCAAGAAGGAGCGGCUGCCCUCCCGGCCACGGCUGAGUGCGGGG